AUGUCUACCACGGUCCACGUCAAAGGUAUCUCACAUGAUACCAGCGAGAAAGAGGUCAAGGACUUCUUCAGCUUCUGCGGCAAAAUCACCAACAUCUCUGUUACACCAGAGUCCGAUGCCGCUGAUGCAUCGAAAUCUGCUUCCGUGACUUUCGAGAAAGAGACAGCUGCUAAGACCGCACUCCUCCUCGACAGCACACAGCUCGGAAAGUCUCAAGUUCAUGUCUCGACCGCAGGCAAUAUCGAUGAUGUCGCCUCCAAGGCAGGUGCUGCAGUGUCCUCUUCGACUGGCGACGACCACAUCGCUCAAGAAGACAAGCCGCGAUCAAGAAUUGUUGCUGAAUACCUUGCCCACGGUUAUGCUGUGUCAGACCAAGUGAUCGAAAGAGCUCUUCAGCUAGACAAGAAGCACGGUUUCAGCCAGCGGUUCACCAAUGCUCUGAGUACCUUCGAUCAGAAGUAUAAAGCAACCGAUACCGCCAAGUCUGUCGAUACCAAGUACGGUGUAAGCGACAAGGCAACAAGUGCUUGGGGUGGCCUCACUUCGUACUUCGAAAAGGCGAUGGGCACUCCCACCGGCCAAAAGGUCAGGCAGUUCUACAUCCAAGGCGACCAGCAAGUCAGAGACGUCCACAACGAGGCGAGAAGAUUAGCAGACCUCAAGGCUGGCAAGCAACACGAGCCCGAAUCUAUCCCAGGCACGGACAAGACGGUCUGCAAGUGUGGCGGCGAAGAAGGCACCUGUGGUUGCGCUCCAGGUCACUGCAAUUGUGCUAGAUGUGCCAAGAGUGACGUUGGUGACAUCCAACCUGAACCAGUCAAGGGUACGCAGUCCACAGUCUGCAAGUGUGGUGGCUCGGAAGGUAUCUGCCCUUGCCCACCUGGUCACUGUGCUUGUGCUAGUUGCGCAAAGAGCAGUCCCGAAAAGACUACGGAGGCUAAAGAGGCCGCUCAGGCAAGUGGCCAACAACUACCUGCUGGUUCUGUGUAA